AUGGCUAUAAUAUACUUCUGUCUCAUAGUCAUCCAUGCAGUGUUUGGUGUGCUUGCAGGAGAUCGCUUUUUUCCUAUUUCGUUCAUAAUAGGUUGUGUUCUAGAGUUUAUAGGAUAUGUAGGUCGAAGUUUGGGUUACAAGGACCCUACGAAGCUUUCGUGGUAUGUGGUCCAGAGUCUUGGAAUUGCUGUUGCUCCCAUUCUUUUUAUGGCCGGUAUAUAUAACACUUUUGGUGAAUCCAUUCCUGUCUUUGGAUCAAAAUAUUCCGUAUUAAAGCCUACAAAAUAUCGAUACAUCUUCAUCGUUUCGGAUGUCAUUUCUUUUGUUGUUCAAUGCUCUGGUGGAGGACUUUCUGCCUAUCUUGCCAGUACCGAUAAUGGCUCCGAUGUCGGUACAAAUAUAAUGGUGGCAGCAUUGGCAUUUCAGGUUUUUUCAAUGUCUGUGUUUAUGUUCUUGGUCCUUCUCUUCUUUUACAGGGUGCACAAAGCACGUAAAAUGAAGACGUAUGUUGUUGUCGAAGAUCCAAAAUAUCGCUAUCUUGAACGAGAGUACUCCGCUAUCAGGAAACCCCGUUAUUUCAGGGGCUACGUCUAUGCGUACUUCAUUGCAACCAUCCUUGUUUAUAUCAGAUGUGUUUAUCGUGUGGCGGAGAUGAGCACUGGAUUUACGGGUCCUACAUCGCAGAAGGAGGUCUGGUUUUUGGUGUUUGAUUUGUUAAUGAUUAUAUUGGCUGUUGGCAUAGUCACCAUUUUCUAUCCGGGUGCUGCCUUGGCCAAGGGUAGAUUACGAAAAUGGAUGAUACCAGAAGAGAUCGAUGCUCGUUUGGUGUUGGAGCUGGAACCAGAAAUGGAGCAAGAAAUGGAGCAAGAAAUGGAGUCAGAAAUGGAACCAGAAACGAAACUGAAAAAAGAACAAUUCCGAAUUCGACCAUUGUGA